AUGACCGGUGUGCAAUCCACACAAGCCGUCACGUCCGCUUCAUGGCCAUUUCCGGGGUUGGAUGUGCAGUCGGAAUUAGCGAAGUUGCCACCUUUGACAAUUCCAGUUAAACACAAGACAUCCUCCAGCUAUCUGCUGAGCUUGCCGUCCAUGAAAGCCCUGAUCGGCGAAUACCCCCCGGAUCUGUUCUUCUUGCUGGAAUCAAGAAGUCAGUUACCACCAGAGCUAUCAUUUGAGCAAUUGUCCAAGCCCAGGCCGCAACUCAACAUCAGGCGAGAAGUAGCCGACGAAUUAGUAUCCACGUUCUUCACGUUGGCUCAUCCGAACCACCCAAUCUUGGAGCAGGCUGAAUUCGAGGAGAUUUAUAAUCGAUUUUUGGAAGUUGGUCCUGACUCCAGCAUUCCGUCUGCGCUCUGUAUGGUUGUGCUAGCUCUUGGAGCUGUCGCGGCUUCACCUCUCAAGGCCCCGGAAUUUAAAGUAUCGCCUCCGGGCAUGGAAUACAUGCAACAUGCACUGCCCACGCUUAUAUCGCAGUCAUCCUGGUCGUUUUCGUUCAACCUUCUACUACCACAGGCCCUGGUACUCGCCAGUGUGUACUUUGCAUACAUUGUCCGCCCACUGCAGAGCUGGAGACUGAUUUACUCGGCGUCUACAAUUCUUCAGUUCAAACUGUCAGGAAUGGAUGCGCGGGAGGAAGGACCAAAUUGGCGUGAGAGUAUCAUCCGUCUCUUUUGGUCCUGUUUCCUCGUAGAAUGUGAUCGACUAGCAGAGUUGGAGCUGCCACGAAGCGGUCUGCAGCAGCUGACUGACGAAGUUAGCCUUCCCAGCUGUUCGAAUCUCGGUUUAAUGCAAUCUACGUGUUACCUGGCUGAAAUCUCUGUUCGCCGAUUGCUCAACAGAAUUCACAACUCACUGUAUCCCAGCAAGAUGCACCUAUUGACUCUUUCAUCUACCACUCUGAUGACUCCGGAUGAAUUCUCAAUCGAGGACGUUUCUUCCAUGAUCAAUGUGUCCGAUGAACUACACGAGCAGCUCAAAAUGUGGCACUCUUCGAUACCAGAAGCCUUUCGCCCAGUCUUAGGGAUGGGAAUCCCCCUCAACCCUACAAACCCUCGCGAGGCGAUUCUUCGAAUCCGGUAUUUCGCUGCCCGACACAUCAUUUACCGGCCGUUUGUGCUGUAUAUAGCCACACACGGAGUUGGAGGAACAACAGAGACCAUGAUUGAGAAGGCAGGCAUUUGCAUCGAGAGCUGUCGGUACUAUAUUCACAACACUUCGCAGGUCAUGACCCAACCAAGCCAAUACACUUGGACGUUCUCCCUAUCAACACUGGGUGCCAUUGUGGUUCUCACGCUCGCUUCUCUAAGCCCCAAUUUGCGGCAUUUCGUUCCCGACAUUGACGAGCUUCAACAACGGGCGAUUGAUAACAUACGUCCCUGGGCAUUUUCCAGUCUCGAAGCUGUAAUUAUCAUUCUGGAGGAUAUACAAAGAAAGCAGCGAUUGCUAUCGCGCGUCUGA